GACUUCCGUUUCCGUUUAAACGUCAUUUGUAAUGUAAAUAAUAUUUACUAUUUGAAGUAUUUGGUUGCUAGAUCUAUAAAUAUAUCUAAAUCUAGAUAGUCCAAGUCUAGAUCUAAGUUCAUUAUACACCAGAUUGGUAACUAGGUUGUAGAUUAGAUCUAUAGACUUAGGAUUUUGGUUUACUACAAAAUGCCUCCAAAGUUUGCAAGAAUACCAGAUGGCUCAGACAGGGCUGGAUCACAAGAAGCUGAGAGACGAGGACUCUUGGAUGGAAAUUCUGAUGAUGAGGACUUCUUCUUGAAAGGGCCUCGAGUUAACACAGACAAACUUAAAUCUGACCCUAAAAUCAACAGACUUCAUGGGCAAGUGGAGGAAGUUGUGGACAUCAUGAAGUCCAAUGUGAACAAAGUCAUUGAGAGAGGAGACCGGCUGGAAGAUUUACAAGACAAAUCUGAGAGUUUAUCAAGUCAUUCAGACAUGUUCAGGACCAGAUCUAAAAAUCUUCAUAAAGCCAUGUGGUGGAAGAACUGCAGAAUGAAGCUGAUCAUUGCUGGUGUUGUUGUUGUUAUUAUUACAAUUAUUGUCAUCAUCAUAGUGGUCCAGUAUUCAGGCUCCAGUUAAAACAGUCCAGUGUGUUGAAGGAUGUUGACCCAAUGCCGUUGUUACAGAUGGAUAUCCAGGCGACAGAGUUGUGAGUUUUAGGCAGAAGUAAAAAGGGAUAAAUAUUGUUUCAGAAUUUAUCUUGUUUAAUAUUUUUGUAAUGAUUAAUAUUUGAAAAUGAUUUUCUUCUUCUUUCUACAUCUUGAAGUCUAUUUAUUUUAAAACAGUAAUUAUUUCAGUUCUAUGUGAUAUUUGACAUUUUAACUUAUUGUACAGCUUUUAAAAAUUUAUAACAAAGUUUUUUUCCUUAUUGAGUGCAGGAUGUUGGGAGUAUUUUAUAUGAUAAAGUGUUUAAAAGUAAAUGUUUCUUUGCAAUGGUUUUCUUGACCAGUUAUUUUUUUAGUUCUGAAGCAUUGGUAUCUUAGUUCCAAUAGUACACUCACCCAAUAACACCUCAUACUUGCCAUACAUGAAAAACACAAAAUGUGAUAAUAGAGAUGAACCAAUGUCAGAAUUAACUGCUGGCUUUGUAUGAGCUUGGGAAAUUUGGAUUAUCAGGAACUGGUCAUAAAGGACUACAUAUUUUAUUUUUUCAGUAAGGUCAAAGAAAGGAAAUUAAAUGAUUAGAAUUCAAGUUAAGCAGAAUUUUUAUUUAUGCGAGUUUGAAUUAUCAGGAAUCCCCUGUACGUGAAUGCAAAAAAUAAUUUUGUAUUUACAAUUGAAUUUUGUGUGAGUGUGUGUACAUAAAUGUACAAAGUUUUGACACUCCAGUUUUCUUUGAACUUUUGAUAAUUAAUUUGAGGUUUAAUGUGUUUCUGCCAAAUGGGCAAGUGAAUGUUUGAUGUAUUUCAUUCCUAACGGUUGCUCACUUUUGGUAGUUCUAAUAAAAUGCUGAGAGAUAUCCUAAAGUCAUGAAUAGCAUUUUGCCAAUUUUAUGACAGAACAAUGGGGGCAAGAUCUCACUUUGUGAAUGCUGCAAAGGAGCAACCACAGGUUUGGUGGAUAUUUUUAUUAUGAGGUAGUUUUUUUUUUGUCCUUUUAAUGUUUUGUUUCCAUUUUUUCAUGUUUAUUUAUUGAAGUUCAUGUUGAAGUAAUAUGGUUACCCUAACUUACAUUAUUUGGUUUAAAGGCUUAACAAAAAAUCAGCAUAAAUCUUAAUAGGCUCUUUGAGACUGAACAUUCAUGGCUUCUUUUUUUUUUUAUUUUUUGAAGUCACACCACAAAUUUAAGUGACCUUUAACCCUAUGUGAAUAUACUGUUGCGGAAUAUUAGGACCUGCGGUAACCACUGCCUUGAUGAAACCAACAUUGAUGCAUGUUUGUAUCCAUCACUCUCAGAGCAAAGUUGAAAGUCUACAAUUAAAUGCCCUUGUAGCUAAAAACUUGGUUUAAAAAACAAGAAUUCUGUCCUGGUCAUUCCAGGCUUUAUUCUUAGCUAUAUUAUUCAUGCUCCCAUUACCCGCAUCUCUUAAGAAAAGUCCUUGAGUUAGCCAUUAAAAUAUUAGCCCAUGACAUUGUCAGCAAGAAGUAAAUGUGAUGUUUUUCUGUUGGCCAAUCAAGAAACCUUUUUAUCACAAAACUAAAGGUGGACUCUCACACAUUGGUCUAAUGACUUUGUUCAGCCUAAUCUGUUCUUCACCUAGAUUCUAUAUCAUUAGAGGUUUUCAUUCAGUGAAAUGUACAUAUUUUUACCAGCUGUAUGUUUCUUUUGUUGGCUGGGAAAGAAUUGUUUUGUAUAUGUGGUUUUGUUUCUCCAUGUUUUCAAAGCUCAUUUUCAUCACACAAGAUCCAUAAUGACUUUUUAUCUUUUUGUUUAUUGCAUAAUGGGUUAUGCAUUUGAAUUUUUUAUUGGACUUCUAUGGUUAAUAAUAAAAAAAAAAGAAUAAGAAUAAUACAA